AUGACAACCGACUACUACGCGAUCCUCGAUGUCGACCGUCACGCAGAUGACGCCGAGAUCAAAAAAGCCUACUACAAAAUGGCCCGCAAAUACCAUCCAGAUAAGAAUUCGGAUAGCGAAGCGCCAAGAAAGUUCCAGGUUUUAAUUUUUUUUUUUCUCUCUCAAGUUUUCUUAUCGAAUACACUCAAAUUUAGCAAAUUUCCGCGGCCUACUUUAUUCUCUCGGACCCCAAAAAAAGACAGGAAUAUAACCAAUCAGGAACUUCAACAUUCGACAGCUCUAGGUAGGCAAACCAAAUUGAAUCACUAUAAUAUCUAAUUCAGGCCUUCCAACGGCCAAGGAAACUUCUCUUCAAGCACCUUUAACGCUGAAAAACUCUUCGAGGACUUUGUGACUGAGUUCAGUGGAAAAAGGUCUGAAAGCAAAAAUCAAAAAGUAAGAUUUGAAAAAUUUUCAGUAUGUUCGACAUUGAUGGUUUCGAUGAUGGGUUUAUGCCUAAUUCACAAAAGGUGAGAUUUAAAACCUGCAACUUUUUCACAUUCAUUUUCAGAGUGGAGGAUCAAGAACCAACGGCAGCCGUGCAUAUUGA